AUGGCUUACCUGUCUGUGGUCAUCCAAGGAGAUUUUGAGGAGCAGCCAGAUAAACUAGUGGUGGUUUGGACAAGAAGAAGCCGAAGAAAAUCCUCUAAGGCUCAUAGCUGGCAGCCUGGAAUCAAGAACCCAUACCGUGGGGUGGUGGUAUGGCCAGUUCCUGAAAAUGUUGAGAUUACUGUGACGCUCUUUAAGGAUCCCCACGCUGAAGAGUUUGAAGACAAAGAAUGGACGUUUGUCAUAGAGAAUGAAUCUCCUUCUGGACGCAGAAAAGCACUUGCUACCAGCAGCAUCAACAUGAAGCAAUAUGCAAGUCCCAUGCCUACACAGACAGAUGUCAAGUUAAAAUUCAAGCCGUUGUCUAAGAAAGUGGUAUCUGCCACACUACAGUUCUCUUUAUCUUGUAUUUUCCUGAGGGAAGGAAAAGCCACGGAUGAAGACAUGCAAAGCCUGGCAAGUUUGAUGAGUAUGAAACAAGCUGAUAUUGGAAAUCUAGAUGAUUUUGAGGAAGACAAUGAAGAAGAUGAAGAAAACAGAGUGAAUCAAGAGGAAAAGGCUGCAAAAAUUACAGAGCUUAUCAAUAAGCUUAAUUUUCUGGAUGAAGAGGAGCGAGACCUGGCCAACUCUAGUACGAACCCUUUUGGUGAUCCUGACACAGCAGAAUUAAACCCAUUUGGAGACCCUGAUGUAGAAG